CACAAUUUUCGUGAUGACCUAUGGCAGCAGGGUCUACCAUUAGACAACACAUUAUGCUUCCAAUAUCUUUCCAGGAGGUAGUUCCUCCCUGUUUGGUAGCUGCCUACUACCCACUACCUCAAAUACAAUCAGUUAUUCAAUUUCUAUUAAUUUAUGAUUUUAACCUUAUAAAGAGAGAUCUUGUAGACUUGUUAAGAGCUUUUGGCUUAAGUGAUAUUUAGAAAUAGAGGUGGUUUUGUGUCUGAAGGCCAGUUAUUCCUCGCCUAUUCCUGUCAGACCAUCUGUUUCUUAACCUUUAAUUUUUAUUUAAAUAGUUAGAGUGCCAUUAAAACUCACUCCAUCAUCUCUCCCCUACCCCCUUUUCAGUUUCAUUCGUUAUCGUGACAAUCCUUAUUCAGAACAAGUUGUUUUUACUCCAACUUCACAUCAUUACCACCUCCAUUCCUCGCACUUUCUCCCUGUCCUCUCACUCAUUUUAAUCUACAUACAACUUGGACAUAUCAUCCACUUCAUUGUACAAUUUUAAUUGUCUUAUCUCUUGUUUACCCGGGGAGACUUAAUUAAACUAUGCGUCAUUUGUCAGUUGCAUUAACCUUCUAGUCCUUUGUAAGUAUAAAAAAAAAUUACACUAAUGCUAAGUGGUAAUCAUGUAGUACAUUUAACAAUUUGUAACCGCCUUUGUAUCUUUACCUGUGCUGUAUUGUUGUAUCUUGAUUAAUAAACUGUAUAACAAACAUUUUGGGUGGAGCCAAGUGCAGAAUCUCCUUUGUGAAUAUCUGAGAAUACAAUCCCCGUGGCUGGCGUUAAUUAACACCAGUGUCUUCCAGGUUAUGGGUGCUUAAUGGUAAUAUAAAAUUGUAAAAGAGACAACCAUUACUUACUGAAAUUAUCAAGAUUUUACUUUUUAAUUUUGAUACCGUACGAAAUGUAAUACUCGCUUGGAGCUUUUUGGCAACGGGUGAUACAGAAGUUCGGAAUGAUGGGAACAUUCUUCAGUUUUAUUAUAAUGAUUUCUCAAACUGAAAUCCACUAAAAACCAUACGCAUGUUUUGUUGAACGGUUCCUUACAUUGACACGUCACUGUAAGGACAUUCAUCUCGGAGGUGAAUUACGUACAACACCUGACCUUGCAUAGAUUCUUGCACUCUUUAACUUUUUAAAGUAGAUUUCAACACUCAUAGCGUCAUAGGUUGUAGAAUAUUAUUACUAGUUGAAGGAAAAAAUAUUUUCUUAGGGUCAGUGGUGAGGUAGCGGUUGUGACGACACUGGGUGGGGCAAGGAACACCCACACGGCGACACUUCUUAACUUGCAUCAUGUAAUCAGGAGUGGCAAUGUUGUCACCCCUCUUGCCACCUCUUCCGUUAUACAUGUUCUGUUGUUUAUAAAUCAUUCAUGGUCAGUUUGGUAUAAAUUUGACAGAAUUUUUAUAAAUCCAAACCUUGGGCUCAAUUAUCACUAUAUUCAUUCUCAAGAGAAAUAACUCAUAUUUGAUCAUCGGAAAACUAAAUAUUAAAGCAAAGAAAACGUAUGACUAGGCUGCAUGGAGAAAAAACUUAACGCAAUCCUAACUCGUGUCUAUCAUCUUCCUAGUACUGUGACUCUAGCAGCAAAGCAAUAGUAGUUUUAUAGAAAUGAAGUCAUUUAAGCAUUAGGGGUGGAUAAUUAGCAUUUUGUGUAUGUAUGACUUUUAUGUUUAAUUUUUGUUUUGGGCAAAUAUUUGCAUCUUCAGUUACGAGGAAAACUUGACGGGUGUGACAAACUUACUUUAGCUGAUGCAAUAGCUACAAAUAUACAUAAUGAUGCCAUUACUAAUAUUAGUAGUUAUAUAACAAGAUUAUUUAGUACUGUAGUUUAGCUGUAUAGUAUGACGUUACAGUGUACAUAGUAGUUAGUUAUGUAGUAGGAAGUUACGUAAGAGUUACGUAACAGAAAUUUAAAAAGAAAUAACGAGAGGUUCCAUUCCUCAGGUGGAAGGUGCAACCAUAGCGUAGUGUUUCUGUUAUGCUGGCAAGAAUUAUGUAAUAUUUAUUGACGUCAUAAUCGUUUAUUCAUCAUCAGUGUUCUUAUAAUGAUUUGUCGUCUUAAAUAGGAUUAAGUGUUAUAUGAUGACCUUGACUUUGUAGUGUUUCGAACGCUAGUGAAUUCUUUAGUGGUGUCUGAGAAAAAAGAUCCAUCUAUUAUUAUUAUUAUUAAUAGGGAAUAUGUUGACCUACUCAGAGCUAUAAUUUGUUGACUUGAGCCUUUUAUAACACCGUUCCCCGUCUGCCUGUACUUCUCUACACCUGUUUAUACCUCAUGUGUUGUAUAAAUAAGGUACUUUUCUAGUGUAAAAGGUAGAAGCAGAUUGAAGGCCGCGUCACUCGUUGGUAAGUGAAAUUCCUCGUGUAAUUAUUUCGUAAUUAAUCAUCUACUGUACCUUAUGGAACAUAGUACAGAGUAUGAAUAUUUAAAUGACAUUAUUACUCUUGUGUAAGAAUUGUGUCAACACCGAUGGACGCAAUGGCUGGGUGCUAAUAAGUGUAAGGUAAGAAAUUGUUUAUACAGUAAUGGUUGAUAUCAAGGAGCGCCUAUGACAGCGCGGCACGGACAGCAAUACCCACGAGUCAGACCGAGGUCUACCUUGGGUCACACUGAAGCCAGCCGACCCAUACGCCGCCAUCUUGAUUUUGGCAAAAGUCACUACUGGCCGCCGCUACUCAAGCACCAGGUAACAUAAAUGUUCCUGACAUGCAAUUAUAAACGGUCAGUUAUAGGGAAAAACGAACUUUGGUUGUAUUUAUUAAUAAAAAUAAUUGUGUUUGAUAUGAAGUUAUUUCAAAUAAAUACACAGUAAAUCCUUACAACCAACAUAAAUAUGACAUUAUUGACCACUAAACACGAUAAGUUUGGUGGAAGUUUGACGACUCUUCAUUCUAUUUGUAACUUGUAACCUCGAGGUGAACUGUUACUGUAUACCUCACAACUUUAGUUGACAAAAUCAUGUGAUUUUCUAGUGGAUCAAUCUCCAACAUGCUGAGGUUAAUCAGGAAAUAUUGUCUUUCUGCUGUAGCAUGAUAAUAUGGAAUAUAUAUUUUUUUUUCCGCUCCGAGCAGUGUUAACCCUUUUCAUUUCUUCCAUUUCGUGCAGUGAUGGUACAGCGAGUAGUGUGUGUGUGAACCUGAAGUCAAUGUCCAGAGCAUAAGGUAUUGUCGCUGUGUACACAUGUCCCAGAAGGUCCAUGUGAUGGAGCUCCACCACUACAGGCACACCAACAACUUUGUUAAGAAGUUCGGUGUUCGUGAGGAGUUUCCGCCCCUUCAGCCCGUCCGCUUCACACCCACUCCUCAACCCGACGUGAUGACACUCGCUGGAUCACUGGAAGUAUUCGCUCAGCACACGACGGCCCAUGGGUUUGGAUCUGUCUACCACCUCAGGAAGAGUCGGUGGGCUGCUGGUCUGUCUCUGGGUAUCACUGCCUUUUGUCUGGUUGGCGUCAUCAUGAGCGUCACUUGGGCUACGAGCAUUGUCUCCGAGGAAAACACACAGACCACGAUGCGUGUGGGUCGACAUGUGGAGGGGGCGAUGAUGCCUGACCUAGUGUUUUGUAAUUCGCAUAUCUUCAACACCCAGGCGGCACAAGAUGCAGGCCUGGACAAGGAACUGAGGAGCUACGUGGUUGCGUUGGCCGGUGGUGUGAAUCAAGUGACAACGGAAUUCAAAAACAAUUCCACGUGGAGGCUGCAGGUGGAGCGGAGGUUCUACACUUUACUGCAAGACUACGGCGGUGAUGUGCUCGCUCACCUGCGUCAAGUGUCAUGGAGGUGUGAGGACUUUGUGGUCAAGUGCUUCAGCGUAAAUGAGGAUUUAUCGGGGGUGGAAUGCUGCAGCCGGAACUUCCAGCCACUCGUGUCGUCCCUGGGCCUGUGUUACGUAGGCAGCUUUAACAGUUCAUACAACCAGCGUAUUGAGGGUGAAGCCAUGGGGAUGUCCUUCAUUUUGAGGGUACCGCAGGAGCCACCCCAAGAUGAGCUGGACUGGAACAUUUUGAAGAAGAAAAAUUUUAUAUAUUCUGGUUUACAAGCAAUGGUACGCAAGAAAGGCUUCCCCGCCACUUCGUCCGAGAAAUAUCCAAUCAACAGUGGCCAAAAAGUCAACCUCGCUCUCUAUUAUUCAAAGAUAAACAACGAAUUGUGGACCACCAGCCUAUGGCCGUGGUCGAAGCCACAGUGCACGCCUCGAGACGCCCCCACAGAGCAGCUCCUCAACACCCGGGACAACUGUUUCCUCGGUGGCAUCUAUAACACUUUUAAGAAGAUGAAUUGCUCUCCCUUGGUUUCUCCAAGCUUCUUGACAGAGAGUUACCCGGCUUGCAACAUCACUAGUAUGGUGAACGUUCCCAACCAAUAUGCUCUUUAUGACGAAACUAAAUGCAACGUUUUGUGUGAGGAAGAGAAAUUUGAAGUGAAGAUGUUGGCGACCCACCUGCCACGCAUAUAUACCACCCUGGACCAGGAACUUUCUCAGCCCAACUCAAGUUUGAGGUAUGACUUGGCUUCCCUGUCCAUGUACUACCCUAGCCUCAGCUAUACUGAGAUUAUCCUUACCAAGCCCGGUCUCGGUGACUGGAUCUCAAGCCUGGGAGGUAAAGUUGGUCUGUGUAUCGGAGCCUCCAUCAUCACUACACUGGAGCUGCUGGGGUUUUCGCUGUGGCUUGUCUACCUCUGCCUCAGGAACACUGUCCGUGCUCUCUGUUAACUUUUGCAACGACCCUUUGCCAGUGAACACUGCUGUGGUGAAGAACAAGCUCUGUUGGAGGUGUUGUGGUGAAGAACAAGCCCUCAUGGAGGUGCUGUGGUGAAGAACAAGCUCUGUUGGAGGUGCUGUGGUGAAGAACAAGCCCUCAUGGAGGUGCUGUGGUGAAGAACAAGUUCUGUUGGAGGUGCUGUGGUGAAGAACAAGCCCUCAUGGAGAUCCUGUGGUGAAGAACAAGCUCUGAUGGAGGUGCUGUGGUGAAGAACAAGCCCUGAUGGAGGUGCUGUGGUGAAGAACAAGCCCUGAUGGAGGUGCUGUGGUGAAGAACAAGCUCUGAUGGCGGUGCUGUGGUGAAGAACAAGCCCUGAUGGAGGUGCUGUGGUGAAGAACAAGCCCUGAUGGAGGUGUUGUGGUGAAGAACAAGCUCUGAUGGAGGUGUUGUGGUGAAGAACAAGCUCUGAUGGAG